AUGAGUGUUACUAGAUUAGCAAUAGACGAAAUAUUGAAGAAUUUUAAUGAAAUUGUCCCAUUAUAAAUUAAUUUGAUGUUGAAACAAACUAGAAGUAGAUUUUAAUCGGUUAAAAAAGAAGAACUUUCUUUGUUAAGGAAAAGAAUUAAGUAAUACAACAACUCAAACACAGACUCUUAGAAUUGUCAAAUCGAGUUAUACUCAAAGUACAAACAAAUAAAAUAGCGUAAGAUCUUUGAUGAUAAGGAACAGAGAUUUCUAGACUCUCUUUCAGAGGAUUAAACUAUUCAUUUGGUGUCAACAAUAAAAUUAACUUCUGCUGAAUAGCCAAUUACUACUGAAUAUGAUGAUGAACUACCACAAAUUCCAGAAUCAUUUUAUGAAGAGGUUGAAAAUAUAUUAUGCUAGGUGAAUGUGAGGUUAAUUGAUUUCCCAGGAAAAUAACUGAAUCUGUAGUAACUACCUAAAUUAGCAUCACUUAAUAAUGAGCUCUAUUUAAAGAUCAAGGAGCUAGACUAACAAGUUGAUAAGCUAUAUGCUCAUUGGAAAUAAUUGAGCAGAAAAUAUCAAAAGGUGAGAUAGUAAAGCGUAAGCGUCGAGCAGCCAAAGGUAUAUAAAGAAGAUAUAAAUGCCCAGUUGAAAGCUGCUAAAAGUCUUAUGGAUCUGAUGGCUCUUUGA